GGUUCAGUUUUUCACUUCCCGGCCCCCAUCCGGGCAGACCAAAGUCCUCUAGCUGUGAAAACAUUUGAUUUCCUUUGAAUAAUUUCCUGCCUGGUUUUCUGGGCUGGUGGCAGCCGACCAGCGGGAUGAAUCCUGGCCAAAUUCUACAAGAUGCCCCCGUCCGAAAAAUUGCCAUCUUUGGCGGCACACACGGCAAUGAGCUGACCGGGGUGUUCCUGGUUAAAUCUUGGCAGGAAGACGGAGCAGAGAUUGAAAGAGCCGGGGUGCAGGUACGGCCUUUCCUGGCUAACCCCCCAGCUGUGGAAAAAUGCUGCCGAUAUAUAGACUGUGACCUGAACCGGGUGUUUGAUUCCGAAAGUCUCGGCAGAGACCUCACGGACAACGUCCCCUAUGAAGUCAGAAGGGCUCAGGAAAUCAAUGGCUUAUUCGGUCCGAAGGGCCGGCCUGAGGCUUACGACCUCAUCUUUGACCUUCACAACACCACCGCUAACAUGGGUGGGACCCUCAUCCUAGAAAAUUCCAGCGAUUGCCUGGCCAUUCAGAUGUGCCAUUAUAUACAGGAGGCUGUGUCGCCAGACAGGUGUCCGGUCUUACUUCUUGAGCAUCCUAAUUUGAAAUACGCCACCACCCGGUCGAUAUCAAAGCAUCCAAUUGGUGUUGAAGUUGGUCCACAGCCCCAAGGAGUCCUGAGGGCCGACAUUUUGGCUAAAAUGAGGAACAUCGUUCGACACGGGCUGGAUUUCGUUGCCAAAUUCAACGCAGGUCAGGAAUUCCCUCCGUGCACUAUUGAGAUUUAUAAACUAUUGGAGAAAGUUGACUAUCCCAGAAACCCAAAAAAUGAGAUUAUGGCUGUCAUUCACCCUGAUUUACAGGACCGAGACUGGUGGCCGCUAAAUCCAGGUGAUCCCAUGUUUUUGACUCUGGAAGGAAGGACAAUUGCAUACGACGGAGAAGUGACAGUGUACCCAACCUUUGUGAACGAGGCCGCGUAUUACGAAAAGCAACAAGCCUUCAUAAAGACGGUGAAAGAAAAAUUGAGCGCCAAAGGGCUCCAAGUGUCUUAAACCAGGAUGGUUUGUUCAGGUCCUCUAAAGUGCCAGCAAAUAUUUGGCAUUUCUCAUCCAAGGUGGCCCAAGGACAUCAUAGAUCCUAGACCAGUGGUUCUCAACCUGUGGGUCGGGACCCCAUUUGGGGUCGAAUGACCAUUUCACGGGUGUCACCAAACCAUGCUGUCCGCCAUUUUUUUCCCUUUUCCCUAGCUGUCCUACUCCCUCUUAUUGGUGGCCACACCCACUUAGGGGUCACCGCAACAUGGGGAACUGUAUUAUGGGGUCACGGCAUUAGAAAGGUUGAGAAUCACUGUCCUAGACCAAAAAUUCAAUUUACCAUUGUAAAAAAUAGAGAGCACUUACUCAGAAAACAAUGCAAACUACCAGAAUAGAACAGAAUAGAAUAGAAUAGAAUGGAAUAGAAUAGAAUAGAAUAGAACAGGACUUUUCAACCUUUUCACCCAUUGUACCACUUUUAGGAUAUGGCAACAUCCGAGGACCACCAGUCGCCU